ACUGGCUCUGGCAGCGCUGCAGGUCACCUCUUGCCCUCCUUGAAAGGCCGCUGGUGACUAGACAUCAUUUGUUGCUGUGAACUGCGCUUGCGGCAGGAGAGCUAGGAUUGACGAUCACGUACCCAAAAAUCCGAAAAAUGGACUCAGUGGUCUUUGAAGAUGUGGCUGUGAACUUCACCCCAGAGGAAUGGGCUUUACUAGAUCCUUCACAGAAGAAACUCUACAGAGAUGUGAUGUGGGAAACCUUGAGGUACCUGACCUCAGUAGGGGAACAAAUGGAAGACCAUAACACUGAAAAUCAAUACAACAAUCAGGGAAGAAACCUAAGAAGUCAUGUGACAGAAAGACUGUGUGAGGGUAAAGAAGAUAAUCAACAUGAAGGAAACUUUAGUUAUAACCCAAAUCUUAAUCGUAACAAGAAAACCUCUACUGAAGUAAAACCUCUACUGAAGUGCAGUGAGUGUGGGAAAGCCUUCAUGAGUAAUUCAUCCCUUAAAAGGCACAUGAGAUCUCACAGUGCACACAAGCCACAUAAGUAUCAGGACACUGGAGAAAAACCCUACCAAUGUAAACAAUGUGGAAAAGCCUUUAGAUAUCAUCAGACCUUUCAGACACAUGAAAGGAUUCACACAGGUGAGAAACCAUAUGAAUGUAAGCAAUGUGGGAAAGCCCUCAGUUGUCCUAGCUCCUUUCGAAGUCAUGAAAGGACACAUACUGGAGAGAAACCUUAUGAAUGUAAAAAGUGUAGUAAAGCAUUCAGUUGUUCCAGUUCUCUUCGAAAACAUGAGAGAACUCAUACUGGAGAAAAACCCUAUGGCUGUAAGGAAUGUGGGAAAGCCUUCAUUUCUCUUGGAAGCUUUCAAAGACACAUGAUUACACACACUGGAAUUGGCCCUUAUAAAUGUAAGGAAUGUGGGAAAGCUUUCAAUUGCCCUAGCUCUUUUAGAAUACAUGAAAGAUCUCACACUGGAGAAAAACCCUAUGAAUGUAAAAUAUGUGGUAAAGCCUUCAGUUGCUCUAGUUCCUUUCGAACACAUGAAAGAACUCAUACUGGAGAGAAACCCUAUAAAUGUAAUGAAUGUGGAAAAGCCUUUCAUUGGCUCACCACUUUUCAAGUCCAUGUGAGAACUCACACUGGAGAGAAACCCUAUAUAUGUAAGCAAUGUGGUAAAGCCCUCAGUUGUCCAACAUCCUUUCGAAGACAUGAAAGGACUCACACUGGAGAGAAACCCUACAAAUGUAAGGAAUGUGGGAAAGCAUUCAUUUCUCUCACAAGCUUUCGAAGACACAUGAUGACACACACUGGAGAUGGACCUUAUAAAUGUAAGGAAUGUGGGAAAGCUUUCAAUUGCCCUAGCUCUUUUAGAAUACAUGAAAGAACUCACACAGGAGAGAAACCCUAUGAAUGUAAAAUAUGUGGUAAAGCCUUCAGUUGUUCCAAUUAUGUUCAAGUACAUGAAAGAACUCAUACUGGAGAGAAACCCUAUGAAUGUAAAGAAUGUGGAAAAGCCUUCAUCUAUCGAACAACCUUUCAAGGACACAUGAGAGUGCACACUGGAGAGAAACCUUAUAAAUGUAAUGAAUGUGGGAAAGCCUUUAGUAGACCCAGUUCAUAUCGAAGCCAUGAAAGAAUUCACACUGGAGAAAAACUUCUUGAGUGUAAGCAUUGUGGGAAAACCUUCAAUUGGCCCACGUCCUUACACAAGCAUGUGAUCAGAAUGCAUACCAGAUAGGUAAACUGUAACCGAAAAGAUUCCACUGGAAAGAAAUUGUCUUAUGAAGAAGUGGUAACUACUCCAAACUAAAACACUUGUGUACCACAAAAGAAGUAGCCACAAAAACAAAAGACAACCUACAGGUUGAAUGAAGAUAUCGGCACAUCACGCGUUCAUAAAGGGCUUAAUUUUCAAAAAAUAUAAGGAACUCAUAAUACUCAACAGCAACAAAAAAACAACCUAAUCAAAACACGGACAAAAGACCUACAUAGACACUUCUUCAAAGAAAAUACUCAAGUGGCCUACAGGCACAUGAAAAGAAAAUUUAAAGCACUUAUUAUAAGA